GCCAAACCAAAGAAGAAGUGAGAGAGAUCGACAAAGUCAUGUACCAUGACUGGCGUAUGGUGCCCAAGCAUGAGGAGGAGGCCUUCAAGAAAUUCACCCCAGUGCCAGAGGAGACCAUUCGGUACCUUCCGUACCCGCCUUUGCUGCGAGCAAUGAUCCUUGCGCAGUGGCAGAAAGAGGGAAAACCAAUCACAGAGGAGCCAAUGAUUGAUCUGGAGAAGGUAGUGUCCUCUCCCCUUCAGGGCGCAAAGAAAAAGGCUGCAGGGACACCAGUAUAA